AUGAAGCUCACCAGCCUCAUUCUUCUCGCUGCUGCGGCUGGCUCCGCGGUGGCAGCUCCUGUUCGAGAACAUGCUAAGCGGGCAUCUUUGUUCCAAUUUGUGGAGGAAAAGAUAUUGAUUGGACUGUCAGGGUUUGGAACAAACGAGUCGGGCGCCGAAUUUGGCGAGAACAAUCUCCCUGGAGUGUGGGGGACCGACUAUAUCUGGCCUGAUACCAGCACCAUCCAAACCCUGAUCGACAAGGGUAUGAACAUAUUCCGCGUCCAGUUCAAGAUGGAGCGACUGGCACCUGGUUCCAUGACGGGAUCUUUCAAUGCCGAUUAUCUGAGGAACCUGACAGCUAUCCUAGAGAUGGAGGACGUCUGGGCCGUGUUAACGAUCAGCAGCAACGGUGCCAUUAUUACCAGCACGUCCGAAUUCCAGACAUUCUGGCAGAACGUCGCCAUGAGACCGUUCCGUGAACAAGCCCUCGCAUUAGCAGAAAAUGCUGACAUCAAUGAUGUAGACAACGAGUACUACGGCAUGGACCAGACACUAGUCCUCAACCUCAACCAAGCAGCAAUCAACGGCAUCCGCGCCGCAGGGGCAACAUCGCAAUACAUCUUCGUGGAAGGCAACUCCUGGACCGGGGCAUGGACCUGGACGAGCGUCAACGACAACAUGAAAGCACUGACCGACCCACAGGAUAAGAUCGUGUAUGAGAUGCACCAGUACCUGGAUAGCGAUGGGUCCGGGACGAGCGCGACGUGCGUGUCGAGCACGAUCGGGGAGGAACGCGUGAGCUCUGCGACGGCGUGGCUGCGGGCGAAUGGGAAGAAGGGGAUUCUGGGGGAGUUUGCGGGGGGUGUCAAUGAUCAGUGCAAGACGGCGGUGACGGGGAUGUUAAAUGCGAUGGCUGCGAGUUCGGAUGUGUGGUUGGGCGCGAUGUGGUGGGCGGCUGGGCCUUGGUGGGGGAGUUAUAUCUUUAGUAUGGAGCCAACGAGUGGGACGGCGUAUCAGGGGAUGUUGGCGACGUUGGAGCCGUUUUUGGGGUGA